AUCCGCUAGCUCCCAGCUGUUCCUGCUAUGAGACAAACUGAGACAAACUGAAACAAACACGCAGCUCUAACUCUCAGGGACACUAAUACAGUCCACGCAGCUCAACCAGCGCUUGGACCCAUUUAGAAGUGAAUAAUGUUCUCCUUGUCAAUGACGGCCCAGCCGCAGGUGACUCUUCCGCUGAGCCACCUCAUCCACAUCCUGCAGCCUCUGAAGAGUUCUGUGGGAACCAGCAGCUCCAGCAGCAUCAGCAGCAACAGCUCUGUUUGCAAGUCCAGAAAACACAAGGAGCCUGCACCAGACUCAGAACUUCCCUGCACAGAGUCGGUGUGGACCCUGCGGGAGCUGGGGUUCUCAGACCUGGGGAAGCAGCAGCUGGAUGAACUGGUGAACAGCGUUUUCCCACACCUGAGCCGUGACCAGGUUCCCCCUCCUCCCGGCGGUCACACCCCCUGGAGGACGUCACAUCUUUCCACACAUUCUUUCUUCCACAAUAAGCACGGUUUUUCAUGGGGUCCAUCGUCCAUGUCCACUCCUGUCUUCUCAAGGCAGCAGCGUUCCCCUCUACAGACCGUCUGCACAGAGAUACAACACUGGCCUGUGCUGCUUCAAAGCAGAGGCUUUAAAACAUUAAGAAGCAAAACCAGGCGACUGCAGUCGGCCUUUGAGCGUCCCGUAGACUCGGAGGCCUUCGCACCAUCUUUUAUGAAGGGUUUCCUCACGCGUGAUAAGGGGAUAGAGCUGGAGAGCCUGGACGGAGUGCUGAAGAACAAGAACAUACCUGACGCACAGCAGGACGCUUUCAAGAGAGGCUUCGCCGAGGGUUUCCUCAAAGCUCAAGCGCUGACACAGCGCACUCAAGACUCCCUGAGGAGGACACGUCUCAUCCUGCUGGUGCUGCUCCUGGUUGGACUCUAUGGAAUCUCCAAAACCCCUUUCAUAUCAGUACGGUUCCGAACCACAUCAGGCCUGGACUCAGCCGUGGACCCAGUCCAGAUGAAAAACGUGACCUUUGAGCACGUGAAGGGGGUGGAAGAGGCCAAAAACGAGCUGCAGGAGGUGGUGGAGUUCCUGAAGAACCCACAGAAGUUCACGGUUCUGGGCGGAAAGCUGCCAAAAGGCGUCCUGCUCGUGGGUCCUCCAGGGACGGGAAAGACCCUGCUGGCCAGAGCCGUGGCCGGAGAGGCAGACGUACCGUUCUACUACGCCUCCGGCUCCGAGUUUGACGAGAUGUUUGUUGGAGUUGGAGCCAGCCGGAUCCGAAACCUCUUCAGGGAGGCUAAAGGCAACGCUCCCUGCGUCAUCUUCAUCGAUGAACUGGACAGUGUGGGGGGGAAAAGAAUCGAGUCUCCCAUGCACCCGUACUCCAGACAAACCAUCAACCAGCUGCUGGCGGAGAUGGACGGGUUCAAACCAAACGAGGGCGUGAUCAUUAUUGGAGCCACCAACUUCCCCGAGGCUUUGGACAAUGCCCUGAUCCGCCCGGGACGCUUCGACAUGCAGGUGACCGUUCCUAAACCGGAUGUGAAGGGACGCACAGAGAUUCUCAACUGGUACCUCAAGAAGAUUAAAGUGGACCCAGCUAUCGAGGCCAACAUCAUCGCCCGGGGCACCGUGGGCUUCUCCGGCGCCGACCUGGAGAAUCUGGUGAACCAGGCUGCCCUGAAGGCAGCGGUGGACGGAAAAGACAUGGUGACUCUGAAGGAGCUGGAGUUCGCUAAAGACAAAAUCCUCAUGGGCCCUGAGAGAAGGAGUGCAGAAAUAGACAAGAAGAACAAGGAGAUCACAGCGUACCAUGAAUCGGGUCAUGCGAUUGUGGCGUACUACACCAAAGACGCCAUGCCCAUCAACAAGGCCACCAUCAUGCCCCGGGGCCCCAGUCUGGGACACGUAUCGAUGCUUCCAGAGAACGACCGGUGGAGUGAGACUCGCUCUCAGCUCCUGGCCCAGAUGGACGUGAGCAUGGGCGGCCGCGUGGCCGAGGAGAUGAUAUUCGGACACGACAACAUCACAACAGGGGCGUCAAGUGACUUCGACAGCGCUACAAAGAUUGCUAAACUUAUGGUAACCAGAUUUGGAAUGUGUGAAAAGCUGGGCGUGAUGACCUACUCAGACAUGACGGCGCAGAGUCCGGAGACCCAGGCUGCCGUGGAGAAGGAGGUCCGGGUGCUGCUGAAGGAGUCGUACGAUCGAGCCAAAGCCCUGCUCAAGUCUCACGCCAAGGAGCACAAGAACCUGGCCGAAGCUCUGCUCAUGUACGAGACGCUGGACGCCAAAGAGAUCACGCUGGUCCUGGAGGGCAAGGCCCUGGAGACCAGAUGAAACCACAUGAAACCAGAUGAAACCCGCGAACUCCGGCACCGGCGGUGGUGCACUGCAAAAACUCCAAAUCUUAACAAGAAUAUUU